AUGAUAGUUGAAGGUGAUUUACCUGCAAGAACAAUGGACCAACCCAAAAUCUCAAUCAAGGAGAGCUCACAAAAAGAAAAGCAGAUUGUGGAAUCUUCUAUUAAACAUGGGUUUUUUGAGACUGCUGCUUUGGCAGCCAUUGAUUUGCACUCUCCAUCACCACAACCUCCAAAGCCAAAGUUCUUAAGCCUUAGUCUUCCAAAUUCAGCAAGCUCGUCACCUUUGUUCACUUCAACUCUGAUGAGGAAGAAAUCCAAAGGUGGGGGGAGUAUAGAAUCACCAAGCCAUGCUAGUAACUUGAUGCUCAAGCAUCAAGAUCUACUCCAAAAAAUACACUUGAGGAGCAAGUCAUUUGCCGAAGGAAGAGCCUUUGCACUCUCUGAUGAAUUUGAUGUCUGGUUGGCCAAAUCAAGCGUAGUGGAACGUAACAUUUAUCAUGAUAGCUUCUCCAAAACUGAAGAAGCUAUCAAAGAAAGUCAUGUGAAUUGCAAUGACAUUGAAACACUUGAAGAUGAGGGGUUUAAAUGCAGUGCUCUUUGCCUUUAUCUGCCAGGCUUUGCAAAAGCUAAGCCAGUUAAAGCAAGAAAGGAAGGAUUAGAAGUGGAAGCUGUAAUAUCUAGGACAGUUUCUUUGGAAAAGUUUGAAUGUGGUAGUUGGUCUUCUUCAGUACUAUUCCAUGAGAUUGAAGGAGGAGACCCCAUGAAUUCCUUCUUUGAUCUGCCAAUGGAAUUGAUCAAAUGCAGUGCCAAUGAUGUACAUGCACCUGUUACGUCAGCUUUUGUCUUUGAGAAGGACCUUAAAGGGGUUCUCAAGAAUGGUUCCUCUAGAGCUUGUGCUAGAAAAUCAGAUACUUCACCUCACCGUGUUCGGUUUUCUACAUCAUCUUCUACAUCCCACCCUAGUUUAAGAAAAACCAGAGAGGAUUUUAACGCCUUCUUAGAAGCACAAAGUGCAUGA